CCAUCGCUGAGGCGCCGCUGCUCCCACAGACGCUCGCGAGCCGCCCCCCACGCUCCCAGCCUCGUCUUCCUCCCGCACGCCCGAGACGCUCCCCCGGCUCGGGUCUCGCCUCCGCCUCCGCCUCCCCUCGCUCGCUUCCCACAUUGUCUGCCUCAUUUUCUCUCCUAGUUGAGGAAAAAAACCCCCCAAAAACAAAAACCCAGCAUCAUCCUCAGGGAGCCCCCUCGCCCUCAGAAAAAAACAAAACCAGACAUGAUCCUGGGCUCUCGCUCCUGAGGGACUGGCCACGCGAGAAGGGAGCCUGGUGGAGACCGCACUAAAGGUCACGGGAGGGAAGUCCCUGCAGCCCCGCCUGUGUCCCCGCGGCCGGCCCCUGCUCGGCCCGAGCGCCGCGGCCCCCAGCCCCGCGGGCCUCCCGCCGCGUCCCCCCCACUCUCCCGGGAGCCGGCCGAACACAUCUCCAUUGAUGGUGUAGCGCAUCCGGGGAAGCAGUUUUGAAACGUUGGGGUUGUUGGAGUGGUUGGAUUUUCCCUGGAAUUGAGUGAGAAAUUCAGAAGACUGAAGCCCAGGCUUACUGUCUACCUUUCACGGAGGCCUAGCCGUGAGAGGACAGAAGAAGGCACGUGGCGAAUCAUGACAGCUGACAAAGACAAAGACAAAGAGAAGGACCGGGACCGAGAUCGGGACCGAGAGAGAGAGAAAAGAGAUAAAGCAAGAGAGAGUGAGAGCUCGCGGCCACGCAGGAGCUGUACCUUGGAAGGAGGAGCCAAAAAUUACGCCGAGAGUGACCACAGUGACGAUGAGGACAAUGACAACAAUAGUGCCACCACAGAGGAGUCCACAAAGAAGAAUAAAAAGAAACCACCGAAAAAAAAAUCCCGUUAUGAGAGGACAGACACUGGCGAGAUAACAUCGUACAUUACUGAGGACGACGUUGUCUACAGGCCAGGAGACUGUGUGUAUAUCGAGAGUCGGAGGCCAAACACACCGUAUUUCAUCUGUAGCAUUCAAGACUUCAAACUGGUCCACAACUCCCAGGCCUGUUGCAGAUCUCCAACUCCUGCUUUGUGUGACCCCCCAGCAUGCUCUCUGCCGGUGGCGUCACAGCCACCACAGCAUCUUUCUGAAGCCGGGAGAGGGCCUGUAGGGAGUAAGAGGGACCAUCUACUCAUGAACGUCAAAUGGUACUACCGCCAGUCUGAAGUUCCCGAUUCUGUGUAUCAGCACUUGGUUCAGGAUCGGCAUAAUGAAAAUGACUCUGGAAGAGAGCUUGUCAUUACAGACCCAGUAAUCAAGAACCGAGAGCUCUUCAUUUCCGAUUACGUAGACACCUACCAUGCUGCUGCCCUCAGAGGGAAGUGUAACAUCUCCCAUUUUUCUGACAUAUUUGCUGCUAGAGAGUUUAAAGCCCGAGUGGAUUCAUUUUUCUACAUAUUAGGCUACAACCCUGAGACAAGGAGGCUGAACAGCACCCAGGGGGAAAUUCGUGUUGGUCCCAGCCAUCAGGCCAAACUUCCCGAUUUGCAACCAUUCCCUUCUCCAGACGGUGACACUGUGACCCAACAUGAGGAACUGGUCUGGAUGCCUGGAGUUAAUGAUUGUGACCUCCUUAUGUACUUGAGGGCAGCAAGGAGCAUGGCGGCAUUUGCAGGCAUGUGUGACGGAGGCUCCACAGAGGAUGGCUGUGUUGCGGCGUCUCGGGAUGACACGACGCUCAACGCUCUCAAUACACUACAUGAAAGCAGUUAUGACGCCGGCAAAGCCCUGCAGCGCCUGGUAAAGAAGCCCGUGCCCAAGUUGAUUGAAAAGUGCUGGACCGAGGAUGAAGUGAAACGUUUCGUUAAGGGGCUCCGGCAGUACGGCAAGAACUUCUUCAGAAUUAGAAAGGAGCUACUUCCCAAUAAGGAAACAGGGGAACUGAUCACCUUCUAUUACUAUUGGAAGAAAACCCCUGAAGCCGCCAGCUCCCGGGCCCACCGCAGGCACCGCAGGCAGGCCGUGUUCCGGAGGAUCAAGACCCGCACAGCAUCUACGCCCGUCAACACGCCUUCCAGACCCCCCUCCAGUGAAUUCUUGGACCUGAGCUCCGCCAGCGAGGAUGACUUUGACAGUGAGGACAGCGAGCAGGAGCUGAAGGGAUACGCCUGCCGCCACUGCUUCACCACCACCUCCAAAGACUGGCACCACGGGGGCCGGGAGAGCAUCCUUCUCUGCACCGACUGCCGGAUCCACUUCAAGAAGUACGGCGAGCUGCCCCCCAUCGAGAAGCCCGUGGACCCCCCACCCUUCAUGUUCAAACCUGUCAAAGAGGAGGAGGAUGGGCUCAGUGGGAAGCAUAGCAUGAGGACACGGCGGACUCGAGGCUCGAUGUCUACACUGCGCAGUGGUCGGAAGAAGCAGCCAGCCAGCCCUGAUGGUCGCGCCUCACCCACCAAUGAAGACAUCCGCUCCAGCGGCCGUAACUCGCCCAGCGCUGCCAGCACCUCCAGCAAUGACAGUAAAGCAGAGACAGUGAAGAAGUCGGCCAAGAAGGUGAAGGAGGAAGCCUCAUCGCCCCUGAAGAACACCAAGCGCCAGCGGGAGAAGGUGGCCUCCGAUACAGACGAGGCCGACAGGACCAGCUCCAAAAAGACAAAAACCCAGGAGAUCAGUCGGCCCAACUCGCCAUCCGAAGGCGAGGGCGAGAGUUCCGACAGCCGCAGUGUCAACGAUGAGGGCAGCAGUGACCCCAAAGACAUCGACCAGGACAAUCGCAGCACGUCCCCCAGCAUCCCCAGCCCCCAGGACAACGAGAGUGACUCGGAUUCCUCUGCCCAGCAGCAGAUGCUCCAGGCCCAGCCCCCAGCCUUGCAGGCUUCCAGCGGGGCCACUCCAGCUCCCUCGGCCCCACCGGGAACCCCCCAGCUUCCCACACCAGGGCCCACCCCCUCGGCCACUGCAGGCCCUCCGCAGGGCUCCCCAUCAGCCUCCCAGCCCCCCGGCCAGGCUCCAUCGGCUCCUCCUCAUGCCCAUAUCCAGCAGGCACCCGCCCUGCACCCACAGCGGCUGCCCUCCCCACAUCCCCCGCUGCAGCCUCUGACCGGGCCGGCUGGUCAGACCUCCGCCCCGCCUCAUUCCCAGCCCCCGCUGCACAGCCAGGGCCCACCCGGCCCUCACAGCCUGCAGGCUGGGUCUCUGCUGCAGCACCCAGGCCCCCCUCAGCCCUUCGGCCUCCCUCCCCAGGCCUCCCAGGCCACCGCUCACCCUCAUACCUCUCUGCAGCCCCCAGCCUCUCAGUCAGCACUGCAGCCCCAGCAGCCCCCUCGAGAGCAGCCCCUGCCACCUGCACCCUUGGCCAUGCCACACAUCAAGCCCCCACCCACUACGCCCAUCCCCCAGCUGCCAGCGCCACAGGCCCACAAGCACCCACCUCACCUCUCAGGGCCCUCGCCCUUCUCUAUGAACGCCAACCUCCCACCCCCUCCAGCCCUGAAGCCCCUGAGUUCCCUGUCCACACACCACCCCCCUUCAGCCCACCCUCCACCCCUGCAGCUCAUGCCUCAGAGCCAGCCACUGCCCUCCUCCCCUGCCCAGCCCCCUGUGCUGACCCAGAGCCUUGCCCCUGGCGCUGCCUCCCACCCCCCCACAGGACUCCACCAGGUGCCCCCUCAGCCUCCAUUUGCCCAGCACCCCUUUGUCCCUGGAGGCCCUCCUCCCAUCACCCCUCCAACCUGCCCCUCCACCUCCACCCCACCUGCGGGGCCCGGCCCAUCGGCCCAGCCACCCUGCUCUGCUGCUGUUUCUUUGGGAGGCAGCGCACCUGGGGGGUCAGCCUGCCCGCUCCCCACCGUCCAGAUCAAGGAAGAGGCUCUGGACGAUGCUGAGGAGCCGGAGAGCCCCCCACCCCCGCCUCGGAGCCCGUCCCCCGAGCCCACUGUGGUGGACACCCCCAGCCACGCCAGCCAGUCAGCCAGGUUCUACAAACACCUGGAUCGGGGCUAUAACUCGUGUGCGCGGACAGACCUGUACUUCAUGCCUCUGGCGGGGUCCAAGCUGGCCAAGAAGAGGGAGGAAGCCAUCGAGAAGGCCAAGCGGGAGGCCGAGCAGAAAGCGCGCGAGGAGCGGGAGCGGGAGAAGGAGAAGGAGAAGGAGCGCGAGCGCGAGCGGGAGCGGGAGGCGGAGCGAGCGGCCAAGGCGUCCAGUUCAGCACAUGAAGGCCGCCUCAGCGACCCCCAGCUCGGUGGUCCCGGCCACAUGCGGCCAUCCUUUGAGCCACCACCGACCACCAUCGCUGCUGUGCCCCCGUACAUCGGGCCCGACACGCCUGCUCUCCGGACUCUGAGCGAGUACGCGCGGCCUCACGUCAUGUCGCCCACCAACCGCAACCACCCCUUCUACAUGCCCCUCAACCCCACUGACCCGCUGCUGGCCUACCACAUGCCCGGCCUCUACAACGUCGACCCCACCAUCCGGGAGCGGGAGCUCCGCGAGCGAGAGAUCCGCGAGCGAGAGAUCCGCGAGCGUGAGUUGCGGGAAAGGAUGAAGCCGGGCUUCGAGGUGAAGCCCCCGGAGCUGGACCCCCUGCACCCAGCCACCAACCCCAUGGAGCACUUCGCCCGGCACAGCGCCCUCACCAUUCCCCCCACUGCAGGCCCCCACCCUUUCGCUUCUUUCCACCCGGGCCUGAACCCCUUGGAGAGGGAGAGACUGGCCCUGGCGGGCCCCCAGCUGCGGCCUGAGAUGAGCUACCCUGAUAGACUGGCGGCUGAGCGGAUCCACGCCGAGCGCAUGGCCUCACUGACCAGCGACCCUCUGGCCCGACUGCAGAUGUUCAACGUGACCCCACACCAUCAUCAGCACUCACACAUCCACUCACACCUCCACCUCCACCAGCAGGACCCCCUCCACCAAGGUUCAGCAGGCCCGGUUCACCCGCUGGUUGACCCUCUGACCGCUGGCCCUCACCUGGCUCGUUUUCCCUAUCCCCCUGGCACUCUCCCCAACCCUCUGCUUGGACAGCCCCCCCACGAACACGAGAUGCUUCGUCACCCAGUUUUUGGCACCCCCUACCCACGAGAUCUGCCUGGGGCCAUCCCACCCCCCAUGUCAGCGGCCCACCAGCUGCAGGCCAUGCACGCCCAGUCGGCCGAGCUGCAGAGACUGGCCAUGGAGCAGCAGUGGCUGCAUGGACACCCCCACAUGCAUGGGGGCCACCUACCAAGUCAGGAAGAUUAUUACAGUCGACUGAAGAAAGAAGGUGACAAGCAGUUAUAAGUUAUUUAUUUGUUAAUGCUGGCUGUGGAAACCCCAAUUCUUGGGGGGAGAAACAGGACUUUUUACAUACAAUAGGAGCUGCAAAAGCAAAAAGAAUAUCUUCUAAAGAUUUCUUUAUAUAUUUAAAAACCCACAACUAAAAAUGUAUCAGCAUAAUAGUGUUUGUUUGUAGAGAGGAUUCCUUGAGACUGGUUUGGGUCUCCGUGCAUGACAGUCCCCCAGAAACUUAGCGAGCCCUGGACUGGACUGAACAUUCAGAAAACUUCCUGGCAAUCUUGGGGUGCGGUUUUUGUUUUCUUUUUCUUCCUUGACUUCUCAGUAGGUGCUAGAAUCCAGCUCACACCCUUCACUGUGCGUGCAGACACACUCAGCCACGUGUGUUUCAGAACCCACAAGGUUUGCAGAUAGGCGGCAUCUGAGUUUGGAAUCCAAGAGCUAUAAUUUUUAAAAAAUCUUUUAUUUUAAUACAUUGUAGGAAAUCUUCAUAAUUUGAGAAAGUUCUGCAGCAUGGCUUUUUAUGUCUGUAAAUAAUUUUAGAACAGCCCUUUUUUCCUUCCACAAACGACUAUUCUGAUCUAUUUUUUUCCAGCCAUGUCACUAAUUGUGAAUUCCUACCAGCUAUUGACAGAAUACAGAGUUGAUUUUUUAAUAAAAGUUAUAUAUAAUUAUCCCUUUAAUGAAAGGGAACAGAUGGGCGUUACUAAUUACAAACAGGCAAAGGCUUGGGACGAGGUUUGGUCACAGCGGUGACCAUCCAGGGGUUUGCAGGGACAGUGUUCCAAACUGUUUCUUUGUUUUGCUGCUUUGAUUUUUCACUUCUGCCUGUUCCUAGCUUGAGCUUUGCCAGCGGUGCAGACAUCUGUUAGGGCGAACGAACCUCUGUCAGUUUGCACCAGGACUUAACGGUCCACCGUCGUUCCAUCUCCGCGGGAUAGAAAGCACAUGUUUCCGUGUGUCUGAUUGUAGGUUUCCUUAUAGAUUUCUAUGCACACACAUUUGAUUGUUUUGGAUGAACUGCCUUUCUUAAUACUCAAAACAUUCUAGAAAAUUCAAGAAAAUGAUUCCCUACAAAUAACAGCAUGUACGCUUGCCAAAGGAAUCUGUUAGAAAUCUGCUUCCGUGGGAGUCGCCACUGGGCCCUCUGGUGGGGAGGCCUGGCCAUCCUUGUGACAGCCUGGGGCUGCUUUCCCGUGGGGGAGACCCCAGGGUCAGCUAGGUAGUGGGCGGUGGCCUGUGUGUCUACCCCAGGAGCGUGGUGACUCACGUCGGGCUGAAACCAUCCUGAAGUAGGAACAGCAGUCGCAGCCACAAACAUGGAGUGGGAGGGCACGCUUCUCCUGGGAGGUGCCAUCCUGGGGGGCUCGGGGUCUGCACCCGUCCAUCAGGCUUUCUGCCAGGAUGUGACCUUUUCCAGCCUCUUCUCAGACUCUUGAGGGCUGUUAAUGCCAUUGGAUGUGGUGGCUACACCCAAGACUUGUCAGACGACAGGAGAUCUUUCUGUGGGUCAGUGGAUGGGAAGUGUGUCCAGGCCCUGAGCCACGUAGGGUAGGAGGAGAGGCUAACGCUUUGACCCAGAAACCACAGGUGUUAGCUCAGAUUCAGUUUCCGGUUCCAACCUGAUCAGGGCGUUUCCGUUUCUGUUAAAACCACGUUCAGUUUCAGUUGGGACAGGUAGAGGAUUGUUUUGUCUGUUGAAAAUGUUUGUAGUUUUUUUUUCUUUUGUUUUCUUUCAUUCCAUUUCUGCCUUAAAUUUAGCUCCUUUUAGGGGAGACAAGCUCAAGUGAACCCUUUGUCAUCAUGCUGGCUGCAUUGGCAGGGGCAUUUGUCUCCUCUGGGGGCAGUGAUGUGCGGAUGGGGGCUGCACUCCUGUGGGGCACUCUGCGCUUCUGCCUAGGCAUCUGCACGCCUGACUGGACGGGCCGGCACAGGUGCAGCUCCCGCUGCUCACACCGACGCCCCCACCUCCUCUCCCACCUUUUGUUUUCCUUCUGGUAGAGCACAGUGCCUACCUUUCAGUUAAACCUUCUUUAUCUCCUCUCUAUCAUCCAUUUUUCCAAAGAAGAGAGAGAGUGAAGUACUUUGAGGUCUGUAUUAAAAAUUGUCUGAAGGUGUUUUCCUGUUAGGCUUUGGUUUCCCCCCACGUGCCAAGGUGAAGCACUGAGUCUUCAUUUCAAAGCCCGCAACCUGAAGGCCCCACCUGGUCAGCGCUAGCGUGGGAGGCCCGGACCUUCCCAGCGUCUCCGAAGCCCGCCCCUUGGUUUCCUUCUGGAUUUUCCCUCCUUUCGUUGCAAGUUUGGUUUUGCUUUUCCGUGUUUCGUACGUGUCUUGUUCCGUGUCGUCCAGGUUGAGCGUCACGUCUCCCUUGGCAGAAGCAGAGCAGAGUGUUCAUUCUGAUUUGCUCCAUUUAUAUAUAUCUUGAAGCUAAAUGUAUAUAUGAGUAGUUUGCCAUGAGAUAACACAGUGUGAACAGAGUAGACCCAGAAAUCGUGACUUCUGUGUUCUCUCCAUUUGAGUAUUUUGUAAUUUUUUGGAAAUAUUUGUGGACAUAAAUAAAACCAAGCUACACUACAACA